AGAUUUACAGAGAGGACUCAUUUUUAGAACAGACCAACUUUGCGCCGAUCCCUAUCGUCGUUCAUGGCACUCCAUUCUCACAUUGAGAGAGUGCUCUGGAACCAGGACCAGAUUUUGGCUCGAGUCGCCGACCUCGCCUCCCAAAUCUCUGCCGACUUCUCUGAAACCUCUUCGCCGCCGGUCAUCGUCGGCGUCGCCACUGGAGCCUUCAUCUUCCUGGCUGACUUGGUCCGUCGCAUCAAUCUUCCAAUUACUCUCGACUUUGUUCGGGUCGAAUCUUACGGUGUUGGUACUGAGUCUAACGGUGCUCCUGGAAUUUCGUCGGACUUGAAAGUGGAUGUCAAGAACAAGCACGUAAUUCUGGUUGAGGAUAUUGUAGAUUCUGGAAAUACUUUAUCAUGUCUCCUUGCUCAUAUGGAGGCAAAAGGAGCUUCAGCUGUAUCAGUAUGCACUUUUCUUGAUAAACCAACUAGACGAAAGGUUCAUUUUCAGCUAGUCGGUGAAGGAAAGUUCUACCAUGGGUUUGAAUGUCCAGAUUACUUUGUCGUGGGCUAUGGAAUGGACUUUGCAGAACUGUACAGAAAUUUGCCAUAUAUUGGCGUUUUGAAGCCUGAAUGUUACCAAUGAAUGAUUAAAUCCAACCUCUCUGUAAGGGAAGCAUUCUAAUUUACUGCUUAAUUGCUGUCUUUUUAGUGUUGAAAUUGCAAUGUUUUGAGUAUCUACCCAUCAACCCUCCCCACAUGCAUCGCUAUGACUUGGAAAAGUAAGACAUAGCAGCGAAUGAUACUGAAUUUUGAGCCAGUUCUUGAAUCUCUUCUUUUAUUCUUUUGCGAAGUUUA